UGGAAAGACUUGUUGCCGUUUCUAGAGUUGACACUCACCCUUCUACCCUCUCUUGGGGAGAGGGGUAGGGGCAGUUUCAUUUUAUAACUAGGGGCAAAUGGACUGUGAGGUGAAGGGACCUGUAGCGAUCAACAGAGUCAGUGUCUGAGGAGGGCAGAGAGAUCACCGGGGGACUGCUGUCGCUCUGACAGUUGUCAAGCAUUGCCUUAAAAGUACGCAUCAUGGUGACACCUCGCCCCGCAGGUCCCCCAGGGUGUCCUCAAAGAACCGGAAACAGCAUGUAUACGCACCUCCCCCAGAGCGGCUCUCCGUUCCCAGCCUCGGUGCAGGAUCCUGGCCUGCACGUAUGGCGGGUGGAGAAGCUGAAGCCAGUGCUGGUGGCACGUGAGAAUCAGGGCAUCUUCUUCUCGGGGGACUCCUACCUAGUGCUGCACAACGGCCCGGAGGAGCUCUCCCACCUGCACCUGUGGAUAGGCCAGCAGUCAUCCCGGGAUGAGCAGGGGGCCUGUGCCGUGUUAGCUGUGCAUCUCAACACCCUGCUCGGGGAGCGACCCGUGCAGCACCGAGAGGUGCAGGGCAACGAGUCCGACCUCUUCAUGAGCUACUUCCCGCGUGGCCUCAAGUACCAGGAAGGUGGAGUGGAGUCAGCAUUUCACAAGACCUCUCCGGGGGCCACUCCAGCUGCCAUCAAGAAACUGUACCAGGUGAAGGGGAAGAAGAACAUCCGUGCCACCGAGCGGCCGCUGAGCUGGGACAGCUUCAACACCGGGGACUGCUUCAUCCUGGACUUGGGCCAGAACAUCUUCGCCUGGUGUGGUGGAAAAUCCAACAUCCUGGAGCGCAAUAAGGCACGAGACCUUGCCCUGGCCAUUAGGGACAGUGAACGACAGGGCAAGGCCCAGGUGGAGAUUGUCACUGAUGGGGAAGAGCCUGCUGAGAUGAUCCAGGUCCUGGGUCCCAAGCCUGCUCUGAAGGAGGGGAACCCUGAGGAAGACCUGACAGCUGACCGGACAAACGCCCAGGCCGCGGCUCUGUAUAAGGUCUCCGACGCCACUGGACAGAUGAACCUGACCAAGGUGGCCGACUCCAGUCCCUUUGCCCUCGAGCUGCUGCUGUCUGAUGACUGCUUCGUGCUGGACAAUGGGCUCUGUGGCAAGAUCUACAUUUGGAAGGGGCGAAAAGCUAACGAGAAGGAGCGGCAGGCAGCUCUCCAGGUGGCGGAGGACUUCAUCUCUCGCAUGCGCUAUGCCCCCAACACUCAGGUGGAGAUUCUGCCCCAGGGCCGCGAGAGUCCCAUCUUCAAGCAAUUCUUCAAGGACUGGAAAUGAGAGUGGGCAUCUCCCUGCCCCUGGCCUCCUACCCGCUUUCUCCUGCUCUGGCUGCCUGGUCAGUGCUGAGGUGCCCGUGAGGACGUUCAAUAAAGGAGACAAGUGCCUCCCCA